AUGAAGUCGGCAUUUGGUCUCGCGAUCCUAGCCGCCACUCUCGCUACUGGCCUCGGCCACAACGAUUGGUCGAAGCCCUGCUUCAAUGGCGAGUGCGCAUACGAUCUACCUGACCACCUUGGCCAGUCGGGGACUGUCAAGCUUAUGGCCAAGUCCCCGCACGCCAUCGCGGAUAUUACCCCGGCGGCGGGAUGGGUGGUCCUUGAUUGUGACCCGAACGCCCUCAGUCAAGACAUUCGUCUCGUAUGCCAGAACGACGACACUGAGGCGUCUGGGUGCAGCCACUUCUUCGAAGGUUCAGGACCUGUGCACAAAUAUGUCCGACUACCUGAGAGUUGCUCGUCCUCUCCGUUUGCCAGGAUUUCGAAGUACUGGGUACACGACGACCAGUCGGUUGGCGCGCACCACCAAGUGACCCGACGAGACGGUGUCGCACCUCAGGUUCUUGCUAUCAGUAUUGACGACAAGUUCGAUCAAGCUGACCACUCCCUACACGGGGAUGUCGACUUCAUUGCCUACGGAAUAACCGAACCAGGAGUUGAUACCAACUUCGCCAUUCCUGAUGACCUUGCUUCGCCGGAAGCUGUCGAGGCAUUCAUGAAUUACGCUAUGGAUCAGUUAAUGGAUAAGUCGCGGCCCUCGACGCCAACUUCCCCCCGGGGUUCCACGCCGGCAUUCAAGUUCACCAAGAUAGAUGCAUACAUCCAGCCCUACUACUUCAAUGGCCCACCCGGCGCCCCACCCAAAAUCGACUACCCAACCGGAAAGGACGUCGUCAAGAAGGACGACUCCGGCAGCUUCGGUAGUUCCACUGAUGCGUGGAGGUCGUUCGAAAUCAAGUCCGAAGACCUGCAGUGCAAGUUUCCUGUAAAGUACAACACAACCGCCAGUGGGGGAUUGGCCGUCACCGGGAAGGUCGAUACUUUCUUUUGGGGUAAGUUGAAGUGGGGCGGCGUUGCAACGGGUAAGAAUGGCAUCCUCGAUCGUAUCUUCGGGUUCUUCGACGGCCUCGAAGCUCAUAUGCGACAUGAGCUCUCCCUCAACGGCAAAUUUGGUUGGGAAGUAGAGAACCCACCUUGGGGCAUUCCAGGAGUCACAGCGCUGGAGUUCGGGCUUGCCAAACUAGGCCUCUUGGGUGGUAUCAAGCUCGAGGCCAGUGUAUCGGCGGAAGCUUCUUUGGAGCUCACAACCAAAUUGCAGUAUGGCGUACAACAAGGUGUCAUCACGAUCCCGCCCAAAAGUGGAUCUAAGUUGAAGCCAUACUUCAAUUCCACUGAGGUUGGAGCCAAGUAUGGCGCCGCUGGAAAAGCCAAAGGCGCCGUCGAAAUCGCGGUUACUCCGAAACUCCUGCUCGGUGCUGCCGCGGGCGGAGGAAAGCCCACUACAGCCAACGGCUUUGUCGGUUUCGAGUUUAAGCUCUCCGCUGAGGUAGAGGUGUCCAAGACCUUUGCUGAGAGCUCUGGCUCGUCCUCACCGCCGUCGAGCCCCCGGGGCCGUCGGGCUAUAGAGGAGAGGGCAUCAAGGCCCUCAAGUCCGAAGUCGCCGCGCCCGUCGUCCCCAAGCCCGUCUUCCGGCUCAGGAGUGGAGGCCGGCUACUGUGUCAAGUUCGCCAUCGAUGGGCAUGUGGGUGCGGAAGCCAAGUUCUGGGGUAUGGGUCCCAGCGUCAAGGUCUCUUUCUGGACAUGGGAGUUCGUUUUGGCCCAGGCCGGGGACUCGUGCAAACCUGAGAAACGCUCCAUGAUUUCGAAGAGAGGGAGCAUCUCGAGUCUGAUGGCCAAAGUGAAAGGAAAGGCGGAGUGUCCGGCCAUCCCCCUGUCUGCAGCCAAAUCCUUUAUUAAGAAGACGCUGAUUGACCCCAAGAAGUGGAAACUCUUGUCGGGGAAUUGA